UAUAUAUAUUCAGUUCCAUCGCUGCCAACCGAAUACGUGUUGAUUUGUGUUUUCCUGAGGGAAUCUGGAAGACUGGUUGCCAGUUUUUACAGUAGACUGAUCAAGAAGAAGAGAGGCCAAACUCUGAAAUUUUUCCUCGGGAGUUUGGCUCCACUUAUCUAAGAAAAUAAAGACCUACCCCAGAUUGAAUGAGGUUUUUUCUGGGGUGAGGGAACCUGAUAAAUUCGGUUUUUAAUAAGGUAAAGACCCUGUUCUGUGUUCUCACUGUUAACGCAAUCCUGUGCAGAAGAUCUAGAAUAGUAGAGGAGCAGAAGCAGCAGGAGAUAAACAACUGUAUCCAGAUGGGGUUCUCUGAUGAAUGAAGACGUACUGCUCAAGGAGGAACGAAACAAUUCAAUUAGAAGCCAUGGAUACGGAAGAACCGAAAGAGAAGAAAGAGAUGGAGGGGCUGAAUUUGGAAGAGCUGCAGGAAGAAGCGGCGGAGGAGUGGAAGAGAGUUCCGCCAUGGACUAGGCAGAUUACAUUACGCGGACUUAUCGCGAGCUUCGUGAUCGGGGUCAUCUACAGCGUCAUAGCAAUGAAGCUCAACCUCACCACCGGCCUCGUUCCUAACCUCAAUGUCUCUGCUGCGCUUCUCGCUUUCGUUUUCAUACGGUCAUGGACGAAGCUGCUUCAGAAGGCUGGAAUCGUUUCCACCCCUUUCACGCGGCAGGAGAACACCGUAAUCCAGACUUGCGCAGUUGCAUGUUACAGCAUUUCUUUAGGAGGUGGUUUCGGGUCUUAUCUUUUGGGAUUGAAUAAGAAGACAUACGAACAGGCAGGGGUUGAUACAGCAGGAAACGCUCCAGGAAGCUACAAGGAACCCGGCCUUGGUUGGAUGAUUGGUUUUCUUUUUGUAGUUAGCUUCGUUGGACUUUUGGCCUUGGUUCCUCUCAGAAAGAUCAUGAUAAUUGACUAUAAGUUAACCUACCCAAGCGGUACUGCAACUGCUGUUCUUAUCAAUGGUUUCCACACUUCUCGGGGAGACAAGAUGGCUAAAAAGCAAGUCCGAGGUUUUUUGAAGUUCUUUUCAAUGAGUUUCCUUUGGGGAUUCUUCCAGUGGUUCUACUCUGGGGGGGAGCAAUGUGGAUUCUCACAGUUCCCUACUUUCGGAUUGAAAGCAUGGAAGCAAACAUUCUUCUUUGAUUAUAGCAUGACCUACGUUGGAGCAGGGAUGAUCUGUUCACAUGUUGUGAACUUUUCUCUGAUUUUGGGAGCAGUGCUCUCCUGGGGGAUAAUGUGGCCACUGAUAAGUGGGCUUAAAGGAGACUGGUUCCCCAUGACUUUGCCAGAAAGCAGCAUGAAGAGUUUGAACGGUUACAAGGUUUUCAUCUCCAUUUCUCUCAUUCUUGGAGAUGGGCUCUACAAUUUUCUCAAGAUACUGCUUUUCACCAUAAGGAGUAUUCAUGACAGGAUGAACAAAAGGAACUUGAACACAGCUGCAGAUCAGAGUAGUAAGUCACUGGAUGAGCUUCAAAGAAACGAACUAUUUGUGAGGGAAAGAAUUCCUCUAUGGGUCGCUUGUGUGGGAUAUGCCUUUUUGUCCAUCAUCUCCAUCAUUAUAAUCCCACUGAUGUUUCCUCAGGUGAAAUGGUACUAUGUUGUAGUAGCCUACAUACUUGCUCCAUCUCUUGGCUUCUGCAACGCUUACGGUGCUGGUCUAACGGACAUGAAUAUGGCCUAUAACUAUGGGAAAGUGGCCCUUUUUGUGAUUGCCGCUGUAGCUGGAAAAGACUCUGGUGUGGUAGCGGGCCUUGUGGGAUGUGGCCUGAUUAAAUCCAUUGUUUCCAUCUCCUCUGAUCUGAUGCAUGACUUAAAAUCUGCUCAUCUCACUCACACCUCUCCUCGCUCAAUGCUCCUAAGCCAAGCUGUUGGAACUGCCAUGGGCUGUGUGGUUGCUCCUCUUACCUUCUUUCUGUUCUACAAAGCUUUCGAUGUAGGCAAUCCUGAUGGGGAGUUCAAAGCCCCAUAUGCCAUAAUUUACCGAAAUAUGGCAAUUCUUGGUGUUGAGGGCUUCUCUGCAUUGCCCCGACAUUGCUUGCAGCUUUGUUAUGGCUUCUUUUCCUUUGCAGUUGGGCUCAAUUUAGUGAGGGACCUAUCCCCACCGAAGUAUGGGAGGUUGGUUCCAUUACCAAUGGCCAUGGCAGUGCCUUUUCUAGUUGGGGCCUACUUUGCGAUUGAUAUGUGUGUUGGGAGCUUAAUUGUGUUUGCAUGGCACAAGCUCAAUAGCAAGAAGGCUAGUUUGAUGGUCCCUGCAGUUGCCUCUGGUUUGAUCUGUGGGGAGGGGUUGUGGAUCCUCCCUUCAUCUAUUCUUGCUUUAGCCAAGGUUAAAUCUCCCAUCUGCAUGAAAUUCUUGGCAACUUAGUGCAGGAAUUCUCAAGAGGAAAUUUUACGUAAUAGUGAAGGAACGACAACAAGGAGAAAAAAUUGCUUACUGCAAGUUCUAGUUUCAAAGUGCAGCACUGUGUCGGAUAUAUUGUAGUUCAAGAUAAUUAGUAUAUCUGCAAAAUGAAAAUGGGGAGAUGAUCCCCUUCUCUUUUACUUUUUCUCUAAAUGUAAUUCAGAAAAAAAAAUGUAGAUGUCAAAUUGUAAGCUAAAGCUGAGAGUUACGGUUUGUCCUUGUAAGAGCACAUGUAGGAGAAAAGAACUGAUUACUCAUAUGGUGCAUAGGACACAACACACUACUCACUAAGCUGAAAGUGUACGAUUUAUGAACUUAUCAAUAUGUGGAUGAUCAAACCCACCAUUCAAUGGAUUAGUC